AUGUCCCCGCCAGCCGGUCCCUCAGGCUCGACUCCGCAGCCGCCCUCUUUCCCCCGCAAUAGCAGCAACCCUGUUCUUGCUGCACCCACUCGCCCGAGGGGCGGCGGUCGCGGCAGCUUCGGUUAUGAUGCACCUCGCGAUUUCUCUGGUCCACCGCGUCGGGGAUCAGCUACUUGGGGCGCGAGAGGCGGAGGCUACCAUGGAGGCCCACCUUCUGGUCCUCGUGGAUCAGGGAGCGGACCAACACCCUUUGCUCCGCCUUUCCGUGGUUCUAGCAACAGCACGUCUACCACAUAUCCUCGCACGCAGCGCUUCGGUGGCCAUCUUGACAACUUGCCCAAAGAGAUCCCUGGAGGUCAGAAGGCUCCUGAGCUUGUUGAUACGAGCAAGAUUCUCAAGCUGGAAGAGGAAGCACGCAAGCUCAGGGAGCAGAUCGACGCCAAGGAGGCCUCUAAACGCGCGAGCCUGAGAGAGUGGGAUGCUCUGGGCCGAGAUGCGGACAACGCGGCGUUACGAUCUGAGCUUGCUGAGGAACAUCUUCGGUCUUUCAAUGGGGACAGUGAAGUUGGCGGUGCGGCAUUCUAG